GAACACCAAUCGUAAGAGAAGCAGAGCAAAAAUGGCUAUUGACAUUGAAGUUGUUUCAAAACAAAACAUAAGGCCAUCUGUUCCAACGCCCGAACACCUCAAAAAAUACACCCUUUCGUUCCUUGAUCAACUCGCUCCUGGAGUUUUUAUACCACUACUCUUCUACUACCCUGCUGAUGAUCAGGCCGAAAACAGGCUCAAAUCCGAUCACUUGAAAAAAUCUCUUUCGGAGGCAUUAAGUAAAUUUUAUCCGUUAGCGGGGCGUUUUGUUAGUGACAAUGGUCAUGUUGACUGCAACGACGAAGGUGCACAAUACGUUGAAGCUCAAGUCAACUGCAAAUUAAAUGAUGUUAUUCGUGAUCCGAUACCUAAUGAACUCGCCAAGUUGCUUCCCCUGGAACUGGAUGAUGCUACUGUGGACCUCAACUUUGCAGUUCAGGUCAAUUUCUUCAAAUGUGGAGGACUCGCUGUAGGCGCGGUGAUCUCCCAUAAGGUAGCUGAUGCCUUGUCCUUUGUGAAUUUCAUGACUAGUUGGGCUGCUAUUGCUCGUGGGGAGCAGGAUGUACCAUCUCCGAUUUUUGGUCUGGCAAAAUUGUUCCCCCCUCUUGAUAUGUCUGGAUUUGAGGAUCGAACGGGUGUACUGAAAGAAAAUAUAAUUUCCAAGAGGUUCCUGUUCGAUGCAUCUAAAAUACUUGCCUUAAAAAAUAAAUGUGCUGAAGAUAACAAAAAUAAAAGCCCAGAGGAUCGGACUCAACCAACCCGAUUUGAAGCCUUAUCAGCCUUCAUAUGGAACCGUUACAUGGCUGCAACAGGAAAAAACCCAGGGGCGCCAGAGAAUACAAACAUAAUGUUUCUGCCAGUGAAUCUACGGACGAGGUUUGAUCCGCCACUUCCAAAGCAUUAUUUUGGCAAUUUAUACCGUAUGGCCAUAUUGACACCGUCCAUGCAGAAUGGGGAAAAAGAAAAUUACGGGGAUAUAAUUAGCCAGGCCAGAGAGGCAAUAAAGUCCGUUGACACGAGCUACGUGGAGAAGCUAAAGAAAGGCGAGGAUCAUUUGAUGUGUAUGAAACAGAUGGCCCAAAAGUUUGAUAAAGGAGAAAUGCUUACCAUGUCUUUCACUAGCUUGAGCAGGUUUGGUGUGUAUGAGGCGGAUUUCGGAUGGGGAAAACCAGUAUGGGUCAGUUCUGCUCGGCUCACGUUCAGUAAUGUGGUUACAUUUUUCGACAACAAAGAAGGUGAUGGAAUUGAGGCAUGGAUUAUCUUGAAGGAGGAUGAGAUGGCUAAAUUCGAAGCUGAUCAAGAGCUCGUUUCGUUUGUUUCCUCGACUGUUUAAGUAAUCAGUUACCGGUGAUCUGCAAUUUCAAUUUCAAGUUUAAGAUUUAUGUUGCACUUGUACGAUUUAUACGAUAGUCUCUGUUUAAACUAAGCAUGUAACAAUGUAAUGUGAAAAAAAAAAAAUAUGUCUGCAGUUAUGUUGAAUAAUUGUAAAAUUGCUCGCUAUUUUAGGGAGCAAAGCACGGUA